AUGCCAUCAUACACAGUGACGGUGGCUACAGGGAGCCAGUGGUUCGCAGGGACUGAUGACUACAUAUACAUCACCCUGGUGGGAACAGAGGGAUGCAGUGAGAGGACUUUACUGGACAAACCACUCUACAACGACUUCGAGAGAGGGGCUGUGAGUUGAGUUACAGUGGCUUGUGUGGUUAGGGUUUUGUCUUUCUUUCUCACAGUCAAGAGUUUGUGUUACAGUGAGCUUGAAGGUUUCACAGUGUGUGCAUUACUUGAAAGACAGAGGUGAUUUUGUUUAGUUUUUUGACAAUCAUUGGAAAUAUUGUACCUCUAUCAGACUUGAGACUGGAGAUUUAAAAACUCUGACUGUGUCAUUGUAGAAAGCUUUGAUUGUGUUCUCUAGGAUGGCUGAUUACUAGUUGUGUAGACAAUUACAUAAACUAUAUAUACAAAAGUACGUGGACACCCCUUCAAAUUAGUGGAUUCAGCUAUUUCAGCCACACCCAUUGCUGACAGGUGUAUUAAAUCGAGCACACCGCCAUGCAAUCUCCAUAGACAAACAUUGGCAGUAGAAUGUCCCGUACUGAAGAGCUCAGUGACUUUCAAAUUUGUGCCCUGGUAGAGCUGCCCCGGUCAACUGUAUGUGCUGUUAUUGUGAAGUGGAAACAUCUAGGAGCAACAACGGCUCAGCCGCAAAGUGGUAGGCCACACAAGCUCACAGAAAGGGACCGCCGAGUGCUGCAGUGCGUAGUGCGUAAAAAUCGUCUGUCCUCGGUUGCAACACUCACUACCGAGUUCCAAAUUGCCUCUGGAAGCAACAUCAGCACAAUAAGUCAGGAGCUUCAUGAAAUGGGUUUCCAUGGCCGAGCACCCGCACACAAGCCUAAGAUCACCAUGUGCAAUGCCAAGCGUCGGCUAGAGUGGUGUAAAGCUCGCCGUCAUUGGACUCUGGAGCAGUGGAAACGCAUUCUCUGGAGUGAUGAAUCAUACUUCACCAUCUGGCAGUCCAACGGACAAAUCUGGGAUUGGCGGAUGCCAGGAGAACGCUACCUGCCCCAAUGCAUAGUGCCAACUGUAAAGUUUGGUGGAGGAGGAAUAAUAGUCUGGGGCUGUUAUUCAUGGUCGGGCUAGGUCCCUGAGUUCCAGUGAAGGGAAAUCUUAACUGAUUGGCUCAAAAGCAUUAAGAAGGAAAGAAAUUCCACAAAUUAACUUUUAAGAAGGCACACCUGUUAAUUGAAAUGCAUUCCAGGUGACUACCUCAUGAAGCUGGCUGAGAGAAUGCCACGAGUGUGCAAAGCUGUCAUAAAGGCAAAGGGUUGCUAUUUGAAGAAUGACCCCGUGUAGCUCAGUUGGUAGAGCAUGGCAUUUGCAAUGCCAGGGUUGUGGGUUCGAUUCCCACGGGGGGCCAGUAUGAAAAUGUAUGCACUCACUAACUGUAAGUCGCUCUGGAUAAGAGCGUCUGCUAAAUGACAAAAAAAAUAGAAAAAAGAACAAAAGAAUCUCAAAUAUAAAAUAUAUGUUGAUUUGUUUAACACCUUUUUGGUUACUACAUGAUUCCAUAUGUGUUAUUUCAUAGUUUUGUUUUGAUGUCUUCACUAUUAUUCUACAAUGUAGAAAAUAGUAAAAAUAAAGAAAAACCCUUGAAUGAGUAGGUGUGUCCAAGCUUUUGACUGGUACUGUAUAUAUAUAAUAUAUUUGUAUCUUACUGUUCCCCGGUGUAAGAUCUGCCACAGAAUGUGUUGCAGGAUCAUGCCCAGCCCUAUGGGAACCUAUGUCAUCAGGUCCACACUGCAAGCUGAGAAAAGAGGAACCACUCAGUCAGUCAGUUAGGUUACACAUAAGCUUGAUGAGCUCUAUUCUCUUAAAUUGUGCUGCAAUAUGAGUGAAGGGGAGUAACCCAUAGAGAUGAAGAGACUACAAGACUGUGAUAAGCUCCAUUUACACAGUGCUAUUUACCUGGUUGUCACUUGGGAAUACAAUGGAUUGAAUAAUAUAAAGCAUUUGCUAAGGCGCUCAAAUCACUUUACAUUGUCUUGUAGAAACUUGCCUUAUUCACUACACAGUACAGUACUAGAUAAAGGGGGUUACACUUGGGUGCAGGGUGAGCCCUAGAGGCUGUUUCUGUGUAUGAGGGUGGUCUAACGGAAUCAGAUUACCAAAUUAAUUUAUCUGUUCUUUCACUCAAAAUAACAACAUAUGUAGACAAACCAAUAGCUGAUGAGACCUUAUGACCUCAUGACCUUAUGGCCCAUACAAACCACUUCAAUAAAAAAAGCUUCCCUAUCUGAUCAAAAUUGUCAACUCAUUCUGGCAUUAAAUUCUUCGCCAGUGUCUGAAUCUUGUUCACUAGAUCCAGCUCUACUCUUUAGUUCAGGAUGCAAUGGUUGUGUACUUCCUCUAUUGCACCAACCGUCAGUGACUCAUGAGCUGGUAUUAACCUCAUGCUGUCUCUAUCUGGCUUUGUAUCUGGACCCCAGAAAGAGCACCUGGUGCAAAAUGAACAGCUAUGGGGAUCC